GUACUGGAUCGACAAGCAUCGAGAACUCGACCUGGCGCAGUUCGGCCGGCGAAACAGGAGCCUCUGUGCUCUCCGUCACUCCGCCAUGGCACCAAAGGCGCGGCUGCCCGAUGCGGCCACCGCCUUUCAAGACACGAAUCGCGCCCUGAAGAUCCGGAAGCAUUGGCUGCACUUGAUCUUGACCGGAGAGAAAGUCAUAGAAGUACGAGGGAGCAAAUGCGCUCACCUCGGAAGAGUGACUCUGAUGGAGACCGGCUCUCUCUUGCUUCGUGCUCGAGUGACGAUCACGGAGUCUCACCGUAUGACGGACGCAGAGAUCCAGGAACAUCACGAAGCAGUUUCGGCACUGAACUAUUCCCAGUACUGGGCUUGGUCUCUGGCCGAUGUGGAAGUUUUGCAGCCACCGAUUGCGGUGCCGUCCAUCGUCGCCCGCGGCUCCGCGCGAUCUUGCAAGACGCUGCGAAAGCAGCAUAGGCGCGGCGGCAAGGAGUCCAAGGUCGAGCUCUACAAUCACUUGGCCAAGAACCUGCUGCGCCCGUUCCCAGAUGCGGCUGGGAACUUUUUGUGGCUGAAGCGAUCUGACAAAGCUCAACGUGAGCAGGAUAUGCUCAAGCCUGCCUACUUGGCGAAAACUCGCGCUGUCGAGAACUGCGAGGCUUUGUCUCGGAUGUCCACCUACUUGUCGGAAGAGGGUGCAACCAUCAGCAACGCCGCCAACUACCUGGGAAAUUCACCGACCGUUGAAAAGCUGGGUCUGGACUUCUUCCAGACACUCGGAAGCCCUUCUGGGCAGAAGUUCGUGAAAGCCUGCGCCUUCUUCGACAAGGACGAUUCAUCCAGCAAAGACGCAGGCAGCGUGGACGGCCACGUCGACGCGUAUAUCGACUUCCUUUCGAGCGACGGUGACACCAAGAUCAAGAAGGCCCGCCGCAUGGUCUUGGCCGGCGCUCGAGCCUACCUGUGUGGAAUGAGCUUUCUCGAGCAGGCGGCACUGGUACGCCACCCAGAAAUUUGGGCCCCGAAAGUCGUGAUGGAAACGCAGCAAGCUUCCGCGCGAGAGUUUCGCAAGAAGCCCACUUGCAAGCGAUUGCGCCAAGUGCUCAAGGACAGUGCGUUGAGCCUGUUGGAG